AUGAGAGUAUUACCACAAGAAUUGGAAUUUGCUAAGUUUUUAUUGGAUGUCGGCAAUGGUAUUUUAAAUAAUCACAAUGAUAACACAAUACUACCAUGUACCAGUAUACUGGCAAUAAAUGAAUGCAUCGUUGAUCACGUUCUUGGAAAACUCAUAAGAGAAAAUAAAUUUGAAGAAAUGAGUAAUUGUGCCAUAUUGUCAGCUAGAAAUGUUGAUUUUAAUGACAUUAACGAACAAGUCACUGAUUUGCUGGAAAAAACUUAUGAGCGUAUUUAUACUGGAAUUGAUAGUACAGAAAACUGUGACAAUGGUAAAUUGGAUUCAGGCUCACUUUUACCAGAAUAUCUCAAUUCUCUUAAUCCUUCGAGCUUGCCACCUUAUAAAUUACGUCUGAGAAAAAAUUGUAUCGUUAUGUUGAUAAGAAAUAUUAGUGUCAAUGAAGGUUUAUGCAAUGGAACGAGAUUGCAAAUAAUUGACUUUUCUAACCACUUGCUGAAAUGUAAAGUAUUAACAGGAGACAAGUUAAAUAAUGUCGUUUUUUUAAACCAUAUUAUUCUAUAUUGUGAAAAUGAAUAUCCAUUUACCAUUAAAAGACGACAAUUUCCUGUUAUGCUAGCUUCCGCAAUGACUAUUAAUAAAUCUCAAGGACAAACAUUUAACAAAAUAGGCAUAGAUCUUAGAAUAGAUGUUUUUAAUCAUGGUCAACUUUACGUAUCUAUGUCAAGAGUUCGAUCAUGGUAUUCAUUGAAAAUUUUCUUAGGUCAUGAAAAAGAUAGAACUACGGUAAAAAAUUUCGUUUUUAAGGAAUUAUUGAGGUGA